AUGUCUGCUCAUUUUGAGCUCUACUACCCAAUCUUGAGAGACAAAUUGCAGCAAAACCUUUUGGCAGUGGUGGGAUGGACAAUUCUUUGCGCAUGCGCCUUCGGGGUGCUGCUUCUCUGGUCAUUUGCAGUCGAGGUCAAAAUGCCAAAACUUUCGAUUGCAUUGGAAGAUGAGGUACCCGAUCGACAGGAGCGGAUUGAUAUCUUCAUCAAAGACACAAGAAGGUUGUUCAUCACAAGUUACAACAAAUUCAGUAUGAAGAAGUACACUAAAGUUGGCAACCUCGAUGAGAAACAAAUUGCCAUCGUAAAUAAGAAGUUGAACCCAAGUCUCCUUCUUCUUAACUUGAUACGCACUCAAUGGCCACUCGAAAUCUAUGAAGUUCCCACAGUCGUUAAACCAUGGCCACACGUUAUGCGUCAGGUUUCUCGUGUCUCCGCAAGACUAUUCCACAGCGCCGAGUCGGCGGAUAAUGACCAAUGGCUGGACAUUGCCAGCGAGCAUGUCCACUCUGCUGUCGUAUGGACGGAAAAUUUGAAGAAGUGGCCAGCAGCGCUGCGACCUUUUGUCUAUCGAUUUGUCAAGGGACGCGGAAUCAUGAUGCAGCGCUUUGGCGAAGGCAAAGCUUUGUGUCUCAUGGAUCUUGCGACUUACCCAGAGUACAUUUCUGAGCUUCGUGAUGAGAUUGAAAUAGUCCUGGCUCGAGGGAACGGUGUGCUCAGCAAGCAAUCAUUGACGGACAUGAUGAAGCUGGAUAGUGUCAUCAAGGAAACUCAGCGAUUGAACCCGCCGGAUCUGGCAAGCUUCCAGCGGAAGGUUAUGUCGGACUUCACGUUAUCGAACGGCCUUCGCAUCCCGAAAGGCGCACGUAUUGCCUUGCCGACUGGAGCCAUCAACAUGGACCAAGAUCUGUUCCAGAAUCCUGAGGUGUUUGAUGGUUUGCGAUUCUAUCGAAUGCGCGUCGCUACAGAAGAGGCCCGAAGUAGCAACCAAAUGGUGACGGUAGGUAAAAAGGACCUAACAUGGGGUUAUGGCAGGCACGCUUGUCCAGGUCGAUAUGUUGCCGAGGUCGCCAUGAAGCUGCUGCUGAUAGAGUAUAUCACGCGCUAUGAUAUACGGCUAUCUGGGGAUUUGAGGACGCGCCCAAAGAAUAUCGAGUUCGAGGGAUUGGUCAUUCCCGACCCCGACUGGGAGUUGUUGUUGACGAGUCGAGUUGCGAAAGAAGCUGCUACAAAUCGAGCCAGCUGA